AAGAACACCGAAAAAAAAAAAACAAAGUGUACAUAACGCUUUCGAUAUAUUAGCUUAAAAUAUGCGCAAUUAGGAAAUUUGAAAUUUGAAAAACUAUUCCAAAAUUAGAGCUGCACCAAGAGGCACAACUCUGGUGAAGUCGCUGCUAGUGAAAUUGCCGGUUGUGAUAAAAUGUUGAAAAUACGCAACAUUUGCCUUCUGCAGCGACGCUGGAAGAGCGGCAAGAGGCGUUGGAAUGUGCUGCAGCACAAGCGCAACAAUUGCGAUCGUGCUCUGGAAACAUUUGAUUAUUUCUAUGGUUCUGUCUACGGCGGACGUUGGAAAAAUAUGCGUGCCGCCCUCCUCACCGAGCACAAAUAUGUUGCCAUGGUAAAUAAUUUUGGGGACACUGAACAGACGUGUAGCAUGCUGGAACUAGACGGUGCGAUCAACAUUAAAUCUCUCAUUCGGCUGGCAAUAGAACGAGAGGAGAUCGGCAUAGAAUCGAAUAUUCUACAUAAUCGGCAUGCUCAUUACGACAUCGAUGACAAACUGGAAUCGUUGCUGCGCAAGCAACAGGAACGCGAAGUAGCUGCCAUCUAUCCCACUGCGGCAGAAGAUGGACAUGAGCCGCCAAAACAGCUGAGCUACGAUAGGAAGAAUAGCGACAUUGACACAAAAGGGCAAAAAGAUAGUGAAAAGGAGUCCUCGUCACUGGAGUUUACGCAAAGUUUGACCAAAGCCUUGGAGCAAGAUGUGCAAGUGGAUGAAAGCCGUAUUGUGGAUCCACAGUUUGGCACAGGCGGCCUGUACGAGUAUGUACCCGCCGAUAGCAUCAAGGGCAUGCAAGAUUGGGUGGCCGAAUCGGAACAUUAUAAAUAUUAUCAAACCAGCACCGAUUUUCCACUAAUAAUCGAGCCCGAGGCCAUAUUUCAAUAUCCCGAACACUUGGCCAUUUACACGUAUGAGAUGGGCAACUGUGCGGAAUUUAAGCCACCCAGGCAAUGUUUAACUGGUGUCCUGUCCCAUUUUCUAAUGGACGGCGCCUCUGUUCUGCCUCCACUUUUUCUGCAAGUGCAGCCAGGGGAACGGGUUCUUGAUGCUUGUGCAGCACCAGGUGGCAAGUCACUGCUAAUGCUGCAGACGCUACACCUGGAUCAGCUGGUGUGCAAUGAUGUACAAGAGUCCAGGCUGAAUAAGCUGCGACGCGUCAUGCAGGAGUACCUUUUCGAUUACAAACAGCGUUGGGCGAGCAAGCGGUUGAUCUUUAGUCAGAGUGAUGCGCGAAAUCUAGACGAAUAUAACAGCUAUGACAAGAUACUGGUGGAUGUGCCAUGCACCACAGACAGGCAUGUUCUCCUGCAUCAGGACAAUAAUAUAUUCAAACCAACACGCAUCAAGGAACGUCUGCGCAUACCCGAGUUGCAGGCUGGCAUCUUGGCCAACUGCUUGCGAUUGCUCAAACCUGGCGGUAGCUUGGUUUACUCCACGUGUUCCUUGUCUCCAGUACAGAACGAUGGUGUCAUCCACAUGGCACUGCAAAAGGUCUUCAACGAAUAUGGCAUUACGGCUCGCAUCAAAGAUCUCAGCCAGCAUACAGCGCUAUUUAGCGAUAUUUACAGAUUUGAGCAGCCGAAAGGCUUGAAAUAUGGACAAAUGGUUCUGCCCUAUUUACCAGCCAACUUUGGACCGAUGUAUUUCAGUAAAAUCACACGAAAUACCUAAUGUUAAACAUUUUAAUUAAACCAAAUUCUAAGAUGUAAAGCAAAAUGUGCAUGAGAGGAAACAGAUAUGUUGGGUACACUAAGUGCGUUUUCUAUAAUGGGUAUAUAGUUGCCUUUAAUCUUACAUCUGUACACUUUUAAUGCUAGUAAAUUCUAGAAUGUAUAUUGUUAAAGAAGAAACUAAAUACUUGUUACAACCAAGCGUCUUUUUGAAUGGCUUCACUCCCUGAGAAUUAAGUGAGGUAGAAAUUUUUUUUAAAUGUUAGACGAAACUAAAAUACACGAACAAAAGAAAC